UCCAAAAGCCGACGGAAGUGCUCUGUGUUGUUGCCGGAAGUGAGAGGAGGAAGGGUGUGAUGGCGGCUGCGACUCUAGCCGAGAAGGGGCCGGUGGUCAGCGCGGAGGAGGAGCAGCCCUUCACGACCGCCGAGGAGCUGGCCGCCCAGAAGCGCGAGCAGAGACUGCGCAAAUUCCGGGAGCUGCACCUGAAGCGGAAUGAAGCUCGUAAAUUAAAUCACCAGGAAGUUGUUGAAGAAGAUAAAAGACUUAAGUUACCUGCAAAUUGGGAAGCCAAAAAAGCUCGUUUGGAAUGGGAACUACAGGAAGAAGAAAAGAAAAAGGAAUGUGCAGCAAGAGGAGAGGACUAUGAAAAAGUGAAGUUGCUAGAGAUUAGCGCAGAAGAUGCAGAAAGAUGGGAGAGGAAAAAGAAGAGGAAAAACCCUGAUCUGGGAUUUUCAGAUUAUGCUGCUGCCCAGUUACGCCAAUAUCAUCGGCUUACCAAACAGAUCAAACCUGACAUGGAAACGUAUGAGAGACUGAGAGAAAAGCAUGGAGAAGAGUUUUUCCCAACAUCCAACAGUCUUCUUCAUGGAACACAUGUGCCUUCCACAGAGGAAAUUGAUAGGAUGGUGACAGAUCUGGAAAAACAAAUUGAGAAACGAGACAAAUAUAGCCGGAGACGUCCCUAUAAUGAUGAUGCAGAUAUUGACUACAUUAAUGAAAGGAAUGCCAAAUUCAACAAGAAAGCAGAAAGAUUCUAUGGGAAAUAUACAGCUGAAAUUAAACAGAAUUUGGAAAGAGGAACAGCCGUCUAAUCCCUUUAGGAAAUGUCUUAGAAGCUUGAGAAUGGAGUGAAAAUUUCUGCUAGCAAAUUGAAGUUCUCUUCAGAGUUAUACCAGUAAACCAGAACUGUCUAUGCUUGCCCAAUCAGCAUUUAAAAAUAAAUAUUUUUUCUUAAAUGUA